AUGUGUGAAGGGGCGUCCAACAUAGCUCUGGUCCUCACAAGUUCCAAUUCUCAUGCUUCCACUGUUCAUCAAGGAGGUGCGGAAAAAUUACGAACUGAUUUAACGGCAACGACAUUUAGCAUGAAACAACGGACACGAAUAGGAACAUGGAACGUUUUAACCCUAGCCCAGCAGGGUAAACCGGCACAUCUUGCCAACGAGGCGCGUCGAAUGAAACUUGAGAUCCUAGGACUCAGAGAAGUCCGUUGGCCGAACUUUGGAGAACACAGAAUACCAUCAGGACAAAUUCUGCUAUACUCUGGCCUACGAGGUGAACACGCUCCCCGGCAUCGUGGUGUUGGCUUCCUACUGAGUGCCCAGGCACACUCUGCGCUUAUUAAGUGGGAGCCUAUAAGUGAAAGGAUAAUCGUUGCCAGGGACAGAACAAGGGUUCGAAACCUCACUAUAAUCCAAACUUACGCGCCAACCGAUGCUGCCGACCUGCAAGAUAACGAGAACUUGUACAGUCAAAUCAAUGCCGCUGUAGAUAGAAUUCCGAAGGGCGACAUCAUGAUCUGUAUGGGCGACUUCAACGUGAAGAUCGGAUCCGAUAACUCGUACUAUGAGCGCAUUAUGGGGCGCCAUGGGCGACGAAGGAGAGAAAGCCGCUGCAACCGGGGACAUUCGUCUCCUCUACGAUAUCUCAUGACGCCUAAGUGGGGCGAAGAUGAAUGCGACAAAGUCUGUGAAAGACGCGAUUGUUCGAGCACUUCGAACAUCUUUUCCAAGUGCCAGCCAGGCCACCAUCACCUAGGCAUGACCCGCCUAGGGUCAUGCGUAUCGCACGCGUGA